CUGAGUCAUCCGAGCCCGACCCGCGACGGACUAGCGCGGAUUCCCAUCGCCCGGAAGUACCGCCGUUGACUUCUCCGCACAUCCACUCGCCCAGACGGGAGAAACCUCACCGAUAGCCCCCAAUUCCGCGGAGACGAUGCCGGCAAGGUGGAGGACAAAGUCAGGCUGUUUGACCUGUCGCAUGAGACGGAAGAAAUGUGACGAGGAGGGCUCGGUAUGUCGCGCCUGUCGUCGCAAUGGCCUCACGUGUAUUUGGCAAUCUGGGAUCGAACCGGGGAAGGACCGUAAGGGAAGUGAUGGUAAAGCACUGGUGAAAUCGCCGCCUCCGGAGACUGCGUCGUUGUCUCCUCGAUUCUCGGCCCUGGAAAACACCCCGCGAGAUGCCCUCUUCCAAUAUUUCGCCGGGUCCAUAUUGCCGCAAUUGAUGAUGCCAGGAUCACCCCCGAACGGGGCAAAUGAUCUGCUCAAAUUAGGGGUCCAGUUUCCGUGCGUGCGGGACUCCUUCCUGGCAUGUGCCGCGCUGUUUCGGUCGAGCAGUGAACAACCCCCGCCGCGUGACGCCCUCGGAUACUAUUCCGGCGCGUUGCGCGCGACCCGAAAUAUGAUCCAGCAAUCAGCGGUCCAUGGCACGGAAGACUGGUUCUAUAUACAAACGCUGUCAUUGUGUAUAUUCGAGCGCGCCCAGUCAGGCCCUACGUGUGGAGCCAUGUCGCAUGUGCUGGGUGCAUCACGUGUCAUGGCUUUGGAAGUCAGGAAUACCUCCGGGACGCAGCACGACCCAGCGCUCAUCACUCCACUCCAACGGAUGUGUGCUGCAGCCCUGCUGUAUCAUGCGGCCACCAUGGCUUUCCUGAGCCCCGACAUAGGAUGGCUCCCCGGAGACGCAACGUGGGAGCAGGUGCAGCAAUACUUCGAGCCAGAUUCUGACGCGUUAUUUGCCAUGCCCCCGUCGAUGUGCCGACAGAUUCUGGAAAUCUCGCGGUUGGCUCGUCGCACGCCAUUGUCCGAAAACGACCGCCUGGUAGCGUCGGACUUGCAAAAGCAGCUGGACGUAUGGCUUCAGCCACUUGUCCAUGUCGUUCCGGGCCAGAAUAUUACGGCAAACGAUAUCAGCGACAUCCGGAAGGCAGCCGUGCUCUAUGCAAUGGCAGCCGAUAUUUUGCUUCUGAAGGUGACGCAGCCGCGUAUCAAGGCCGCUGAUUCCCGUGUCCAGGGCCGCGUGAAGCAAAUCAUGAGCAUCUUGCAAUCGGACGUACACGGGAUAUUUUGGAAUCAGCACUACUUGUGGCCAUUCGCUAUUGUCAGUUGCGCCGUGCAGCGCGAAACAGAGAUGCUUUUCUUGUUGGGCCGACUCGAUAAAAUGUGGGAACGAUCUCAUUGGGGGGAUAUAAAACGCACCCGUGAAUUAUUACAGAAUAUGCUACACUCCCGACGAGAGAACGCGCAGUUUGCUUCGCUGCGAGACAAUCGCUCGGGGAAUGUCCCGGAGCCAUUUGAUUACUUGCUCCAGCCCGAGGGGUUGUCCAAAUUCGCCAGCUGACCCCGGAACGCUCAGUAUUGGUCAAUCAACAGCUCAGCCAUGCUGGA